GCGUAGUCUCGUCAUAGGCGGGAAAUCACGGCUUCGAUGUCCCGUUAUUUUGUGAGCCACGAUAACCUCACACCUUUUCGUCGACUCGAUAGAGUAAAAAGAAGAAGCAAAGAAUAGAAUCAAAAACAUACGCAAGCCCAAGGAUGCCUAUUCUGUCCUCGGGAGAUCUCUGACCUCGCCUGAUUCAGUUGACGCCGGGGCCCCCACGGAAUCCAGGAGCUACUGGCUGUGUCUGUCUGCUUUGGGGACUAUUCACAAGGGAUCACUGCAUGGCAAUGAACAGGUGACAGCGUAGAGCACCUGGGCCAUUUCUUCUGCUCCCGGACACGCGCCAGGCCGCAGCACCAUGUCCCGCUUUCUCACCCCAGCCAAAAUCGGCCUCCUGGCUCUCAUUGAGCUGUACACCCACAAGGCUGUCCCGACGGCUUCCAUUGUCGAAGUCCUCUCCUUCAUAACCUCUCACCUGAUCGAAAAUGACGUCUCAACCUCCUUCUCCUGCCCCGAACGCCGGUGGAAGCCGGCCGAAAGUACCGUCAGCCUCGUCAUCUCCAUCGCCGAUUUCGAACGGGUCUUGGCGCCGCACACCGCAGCCUCGGGCAUGCCGGGCCGGAGCCUGUGGUACGUCUUUGUGGAUAGGCUGUGGAAGAUCGACUCACUAGAUGCCCUGCACGAGUUCUUCGACCGCUGCGCGAACCUGCUGGCGAAAUCAAAAGAGGAGCUCCGUCGGGAUGCCGAGAUGGGUGUACCCGCACCGGAUCCGGAAGCCAUCCUGCUCUCCCGCAACUCGCCUUUCGGCGCCUUCGUGCGCAGAUCCCGGCUCGAGUUCACGCGGCUGCGCUUUCACGACGCUUUCGAGCUGUGGAAGGCCUUCAUCAGAUACCGGCAGACUACGGCAGCAUAUUACCGGAAGAAGACGCCUUCCUUCCAAAGGCUCAGCUUCGACCACGUCCUUCUUACUGGGGAGAGCGACUGGGGUGCUGGCGUUGAGAGCGUUGCUUCUGUGGCCUACGGAGAUAUGCUGAGGGACGACCCCACCUCAACCCUACCCGUCAGCACCGACGACGUUCAGAAACUGCUCGAGUUUCAGAUUGAGCAAAUGCAGAGAUACGGCAGUCGGAUACCCCCAGAGAUACAACGACAAUUCCACGACUUGCUACACGACAGCCUCGUCAUACCGAGCUUGUCCCACUAUCUGAGCUAUCUGGAUGCGUGGAGAGCCGGGGACUAUUCUACUUCUUUCGACUACUUGCACCGAUACUUCGACUACACGAUGCAAAAUAGGGACAGGUCCUUUUACCAAUACGCUCUCAUGAACCUUGCAGUGCUCCAAGCAGACUUUGGGUGCCACAAGGAGGCUAUCUCCGCUAUGCUCGAAACCGUGUCUACGGCUAGGGAGAACCGAGAUAUGACCUGUUUGAACUUUGCCCUCAACUGGCUCUUCCACUUUGGCCGAGCCCACCCCGAAAUCACCAAGGAGCUCGAGUCAAAUAGCAUGCUGGGGACGGGCAAGGAGUCGCUGGCUUUCCUCCGGAGCCGGGCCAAGGAGACAGACAUGUGGGCGCUCUGGAGUUCCUCGUUGAUGAGCGAGGCCAAGAUGACCCUCUGGAACGGCGAGAGCGUGGCGACGGCCGUCGAGCACCUCGUCAGAAGCUCGCAGAUCCUGGUCGAACGCAACAUGAAGGGCCUGGUCGGCUCGCAGCUGUCGAUCAGCAUAGCGCUGUGGGACCGGCUAGGAAUCACCUAUCUGGCCGCGACCGCCGCCGAGGUGUUCAUCCGCUGCCACGCGCGCCACACCAUAUUCGACGACGAGCUGAAGGUGGCGGGCCGGCAGGCGUCGAUGCUGACGCUGAAGGGCAAGUACGACGAGGCGCUGGGGCUGCUAGAGGCCAUGGACGCGAACUCGCUGCGGGCGUGGCGGCCGAACCAGUCGUGGCACAAGUACCGCGGCAUCAUCAAGCUCAAGCGGGACAUCCGGCGGGACAACCUGAGGGAGGCGGAGCUGCUGCUGUCGCAGCUGCUCCAGUCCAAGCACGAGGACUUCGAGCCCGACCUCGCCUUCGUCAUCGACAACCUGCACGUCAAGUACCUGAUGCGCCGGGGCAGCCUCGACGACGCCUUCGCCGAGGUCGAGCGCAUGAUGGCCGAGCUGCGCGACGAGAACCGCGACGUGGCGCUGCGCGUGCGCCUGCUGCUGCUCAAGGCCGACAUCCUGGCGCGGUGCGGCCGCGCCGAGCGCGGGUUCACGGCCGCAGUGCGGGCGGCCCACGUGGCGUGGCGGGCGCGGCUGGCGCCGCAGCUGUGGGCGGCGAUGGGCGCGGUGGCGCGGGUGCUGAACGCGGUGGGCGAGUUCGCGGCGGCCGCGGCGCUGCUGGCCGCGGCGCUGCCGCGCUGCCUCGAGUGCGAGGACGCGGCCGCCGCCGCCGCGCUGUACGCGCAGCUCGCGGACGCAAGCAUGGGCCUGGCGGGGCGCGCCGCCGCCGCCUCCCCCCCGCGCCGCGAGCGCAUCGCCCAGGCCCUCGAGGCCGUCGAGCGCGCCUUCGCCCUCUACGCCGCCGUCGAGGACCUCCCCUGCCAGUGCGAGAUGCUCGCCAAGAAGGCCACCAUCAUGCGCGUCUCCGGCGACCCCGUCCUCGCCAACGACUGCGCCGCCGCGUACCUCGCCAUACGCAGGGAUGCGGCCGCGCGGGCGGGGGGGUGGGGGUAAGGGGGUAAAGAGAGGGGAGGGGAGAGGAGUUGGGGCGGUAGGACGGGUGUAAAGGAGAACACUAGACGAGUCUACGCGUCGAACACGGGAAUCGAGAGGGGAACUUGGCAGCACGGGUGGAGUUGGGGGGGUAGGCAUUGCAAUCAAGAGGCACUUGCGCGACGGACUACGAAGUCUGGGGGGGGGGGGUCUCUAACUAUAGGUGUCAGGCCGGCUUUAAACGAGAUUCGGUCUUGAUAGUAUACAUAGAUCCAAUAUAUACAUACGUGUGCACAGUAGGCAGGCUGCCAGCUAACUUGGACCCUUUUACCCCGUCUCCUCCCUGAGGUCCCCUUUGCCCAAUGCCAGCCGUGUGCUUUGUCAACUCCACGACUAUAUUCUC